CUUAGGUGUUUUUACAAAUGCAGGCCUCUCUCUCUUCUUUCUCUCUCUGAAAAAAACACAGCGUGGUUCUGCAUAACUCAAAAACAAUUCUUAUGUUCUUAUUCCAAACCAACUUUCAAAAAUUCUUUGAUAAACACCUAAUAACCCUUCAAAAUCUUCUCUUGUUUUUUUUUUUUUUUAAAUUCUUGAUCCCAAAACUGUCAAAGAAACCUCUUUUCUUCAUUCUUGUGAAUCUUUUUUGUGUUUCUUGAGGACCCUUUUGAGUAUUUAUUUGUUUUGUGUCCCAAAACUUUCCAAGAAACCUUCUUUUUUGUGUUUGUUGAGGACCCUUUUGAGUAUUUGUUUGUUUUGUGUCCCAAAACUUUCAAAGAAAUAAUCUUUUUUGUGUUUCUUGAGGACCCUUUUGUGUAUUUGUUUGUUUUGUGUGAAUUUAUAAAAACAGAAAGAUGGUUGUGAAAAUGAUGAAGUGGAGGCCAUGGCCUGAAAUAUCUUCAAAGAAAUUUGAGGCUAAAAUCACUGUUAACUGUCUUAAAGGUCUAAACUUUUCUCAAGAUUUUCAAAGAUUGGCUGUUGAAAUUAAGUGGAAAGGCUCAAAGAGUAAUCCAUUGACUUUGAGUUCACUCAAGAGAAAAAGUGUCAAGAAGAAUUUCACAAAGGAAGAGUGUUUGAAUGAUGAUGGUGUUGUUUAUUGGAAUGAGGAGUUUCAAAGUCAGUGCAACUUUUCUGUUUCCAAAGAGAAGUCAUUUCAUCCUUGGGAUGUUUCUUUUACUGUGUUUAAUGUUACAAAUAAAAGAUCAAACCAUAAAGUCCCCAUAGUUGCUGCUGCAUCGUUGAACAUUGCAGACUUUGGUUCAGCAGCUAGGGAAAAAGAAGAAAAUGAAAUAGUCAUUCCCUUGGUUGGCAUUAAGAGCGACCUUUCACUUUGUGUGUCUCUCAACCUUGUUGAAUUGGGAAAUGCUAACGAAGCCUCAGAAAGGAUGCCAAAGUUUGCCAUGUCUGCCCCAGUAUCUCCUUCGCCUGCAGAGAUUUCAUCGACAGACAGAAGUGAGCUUUCUGCUUUAAAAGCAGGCCUGCAGAAAGUUAAACUUUUCAAGGGAUUAUCUACUAUGCGACGAAAGAAGGUGUGCCAUGAAGAGGAGAGCAGUGAUGGAAGGAACUCGGUCAGAAGCGAGGAUACUGAUCUUGGUUACCCAGUGGACACAGAUUCACUUGGUGAUUCAGAGGAAGGUGAAUCAGAGGAAGUGAAGGAGGAUACGAGCUUGCGGAAGUCUUUCAGUUAUGAAACACUUGCAUAUGCAAACCAUGCUGGUGGAUCAUGCUACUCAAACACUAGUGGCAGUGAAGAUGAGGAAUUGAUCUAUUAUAGCCAUCACAAAUCUGGUGCAACUGGAGGUCAUAAUCAAUAUUCACAGCAGAGUUCAAAACACAAAAUUCUCCCUUGGAGGAAGAGAAAGUUAAGCUUUAGAUCUCCUAAAACCAAGGGCAAGGGGGAGCCAUUGUUGAAGAAACAUUAUGGAGAGGAAGGUGGGGAUGAUAUAGAUUUUGAUCGCCGACAGCUUAGUUCCUCCGAUGAGUCUUCUUCAGGGUGGAACAAAUCUGAGGAAGGUUCAACUGCAAAUCGAUUUGCAGUCUCCGAGUUUGGAGAUGAAAGUUUUGCUGUUGGUAGUUGGGAGCAGAAAGAGAUAGUAAGCCGUGAUGGGCAAAUGAAGCUGCAGACCGAAGUCUUUUUUGCUUCAAUUGACCAACGAAAUGAGCGAGCUGCAGGUGAAAGUGCAUGUACAGCCUUGGUUGCUGUGAUUGCUGAUUGGUUCCAUUCCAACCCUGAAGAAAUGCCCAUCAAGUCCCAACUCGACAGUCUUAUCCGUGAAGGUUCACUAGAGUGGAGAAAUCUCUGUGAAAACAAGACGUACAUGGAGCGUUUCCCCGAUAAGCAUUUUGACCUCGAAACUGUGGUCCAGGCUAAAGUACGCCCGCUCUCAGUAGUCCCGGAAAAAUCAUUCAUUGGUUUUUUCCAUCCGGAAGGAAUUGAAGAUGAGGGAUUCGAUUUUCUCAAAGGCGCCAUGUCCUUCGACAAUAUCUGGGAUGAGAUUUCCAAAUCUGUUCAAGACGGUCCUAGUAAUGGCGAGUGCUUCGUUUAUAUUGUGAGUUGGAAUGACCAUUUUUUUAUCCUCAAAGUUGAACGAGAUGCAUACUAUAUCCUUGACACACUUGGUGAGAGGCUUUAUGAGGGAUGCAACCAGGCUUUCAUCCUUAAAUUCAACAGAGACGCUACAAUUUUGCAGCUACCUAGCACGAGUCAACUAUCGGAUGAUAAACGGGCUAGCACUAAAAAGGAGCAAACUGAUACGAAACAGGCUACUAACGAAGGAAAAAUUGUCGUUAGCACAAAGAACACCAACGAAAAGAUGGAAGAAUCAACCAUUCCUGAAAAUGAGGAAGAAUUGAGCGUUGUUUGCAAAGGUAAAGAGGCGUGUAAAGAGUACAUUAAGAGUUUUUUGGCGGCGAUCCCCAUUAGGGAAUUACAAGUUGAUGUGAAGAAGGGGUUGAUGGCAUCUACACCCCUUCAUCAGAGGCUGCAAAUUGAGUUCCAUUACACAAAGAGCUUUAACACUGAGUUGGAAUCACCCUCGGAAGAAUUGACUGAUAACAGCUUGGCGUUACCAUCGUCAACAGCAGAGUAACCGCUGAUCAGUAAAAUCCGAGUAUAUACUUAACAUCACUAAUCCUUCUUUUUGUGUUUCUACAUCUAAUUUAGGAAUGAAGGGCAUGUCUUAUAUCCUUUUUUUUUCCAUACAUGAUUGCUAGUUGCAACUUGCAACUUGCAACUGGCUUAAUGGCUCUUCUUAAUGUUAUCUUAAUGUAAAUUACUAUGGAAAUGUCCAUGAGUAUAAUACUCUCUUGUUCUCUCAAAGAGGGGAGGACAUAAAUAAAAAUUAGUUUCCUUA